CAUCACCCUCCACAUUACAAUGAACAGAAUCGCCUUCAGACAAACCAGACUUUUUGCCGCUUCAGUACCCAGAGCCAGAGCCAUGUCGUCCCAGAACCCCAUCCACGACGCCGCCGACGCCGCCGGCCAGAAGAAGGACACCAACCCCGCGAAGCCCAGCGUCAUCUCCUCCGAGGGCGCCAUUGGAAAGCAAUUCAACCCUGAUGGAAACGUCGGCCAGAUCGGCGAGGCCGUCGGCGGUCCCUUCUCGAAGGAUGGCGCCAUUGGAAGUCAGUUCGACGCCAGCAAGGGCGGCAUCGCCGGCACCGUGGAAAAGGCAGUAGAUGGACCCAGGAACCCGGCCAAGAAAUAGAUUUUGUCAUAACUUAUCGAUGAAUAAUAUUAUGAAAUAGUCCAGUUGAAGGCUACAGUUCUGCACGAAAUGCACAAUACAACGCCAACUUGCAUAUCGCUACG